UAUCAAAUUAGAGCCGCCCCGCCCCCUGCCCCCGGCCGCGCUCUCGCCGCCAAUACACUGCCCAAGCUCGACGCCGGCCAUCCCCAUGUCUCUCCGCCGCUUCGGCCGCAUACGCUCGUCGCUCUCCCUGCUCCAGCCCUUCACCACCACCAGAGCAGCCGCAUCCCCACCCGCGCCCGUCCCCUCCUCCCCGUCAUUCCUCACCCUCCACCUGCUCGACGAAUUCUCCCGCCCGAGCUCCACCCGCGAUGCGGUUCGUCUCCGCCGCCUCGCCGCGCAUCUCUCGCCGCCCGCCGCGGAGUCUGUCAUCCUGCCCCUCCCCUCCUGGCGUCAUGCUCUCGACUUCUUCCACUGGGCCGCCAAACAGCCGGGCUUCCGCCACUCCUGCUACUCCCUCAAUGCCAUGGCAUCCCUCCUGCCCCCACACCAGCGCGCGCACCUUGACCGCCUUGGUGGAGACGCGGUCUCCUCGCGCUGCCCCAUGACACCCGGGGCACUGGGGUUCCUCCUACGCUGCCUUGGGGCCGCUGGCCUCCCCGACACUGCCGCCCGCGUCUUUGAUGCGGCAAGGACUACACUUAGCUGCUCCCCGAACUCAUACACGUACAACUGCCUCCUCUACGCGCUUGCCAAGGCUGGUCGCGCGGAUGAUGUUGAGGCAAGGUUGCGUGAGAUGGUAGCGAGGUGUGGUGAUGAGAGCGUUGAUAGGUACACGCUCACCUCACUCCUGCAGUGCUAUUGCAACGCGGGCCACCCUGAGGAGGCAAAUGCCGUUUUCCAGAGGAUGAGCGAUAGGGGAUGGGUUGAUGAACACGUGCUGACGAUGCUUGUGGUGGCGUUCAGAAAGUGGGGGAAGGCAGAUAGUGCGGUUGAGCUGGUUGGGAGGAUGGAGGCACUGGGGAUGAUGCCAAGUGAGAAGACAUUGAGUGUUCGGGUCCAUGGGUUUUCCAAGCAGGGCAGUGUCGACAUGGCCAUGGAGAUGUUUGACAAGAUGGGCACAUAUGGAUUCUGUGUGGAUUUGGCGUUGUACUGUGUGUUAAUUGAGGGUCUGUGUCAGGGAAACAAGAUCGGGAAGGCAGUGCACUUGUUCGAGGAAAUGAAAAGGAACGGGGUCGUUCCUGAUGUCCGUUUACUCAAAAAGAUAAUUGAGACAUUCUGUAGUGAAGGACAUUUCACUACUGUAUUUCCAUUCAUCAAUGGAAAUGCAGAGCAUAUGAAACCCGGUAGUGUUGUCUCAUUAUAUAACGUAGUUCUAGAAGGGUUUGUUAAUAGUGGAGACAUAGAAGCAGCUUAUCAGUUGCUCAGGUCUAUGGUGCGUGGUGGUCAAAGGGUUAGUAAUUUUUUUUUGAAAUAAAAGCAGGAGCACUGCUCUGUCA